AGCCUGGAAUUUCGAGUAUUGCGACCUCCAUAAAUAGAGACAUUAAGUUUCCGCUCUCCAAUCAACCAACCAUCUGAACAUCAUCAAGUUUUUUGUCUUUUUGCCUCGUCUUAGCCUUCAUCUUCCCAUCUCCAAUCAAACCUCAGUUCACCUGAUCACAAGCUUGUAAUAACUAUGGUGGUCUCCAAGGAAGUCAAACCACACAUAGCCUUGCUCCCCAGCCCAGGAAUGGGACAUAUUACCCCACUCUUCGAGUUUGCUAAACGCCUGGUGACAAACCACGGCAUUCUAGUUAGCUUCCUCGUCAUCACCGCCGAUGCCUCGGCGGCCCAGACCCAACUUUUCCAGUCUCCCGAUAUUCCCGCCGGCAUCUGCAUUGUCAACAUUCCUCCGGUUGACAUGUCAAACGUUAUCAACGAGAACACCUUAGUCCUCUCCCGCGUAUGCCUCACCGUCCAAGAAUCCUUGAAACUUCUUAGGUCCAUUUUGGUUGAGGUAAAACCAAAGGUUCUCAUUGUCGACCUCUUUACUAGCCAAGCUAUUGAGGUAGCCAGAGAGCUCUCUAUUUCAGUGUAUUCAUUUUACACUGCAUCAGCAGGUUUGCUAGCAUUUUCACUGUACCUUCCCACCCUUGACCGUGAAGUCGAAGGCGAGUACGUGGACCUUCUAGAGCCCAUCAAGGUCCCUGGUACUCGGCCAGAACGGAUUGAGGACCUCCUGGACCAGGUAAGGAACCGCAAGAUUGAUGAAUAUAAAUGGUUUUUGUUUCACAUGAGCAGGUUGGCUCUUGUUGAUGGUAUUCUGGAGAAUAGCUGGGAGGAUCUUGAACCUUUAUCCCUCAAAGCAGUGAGAGAACACGAGUAUUACAAAACCGUACAAGCUCCACCGGUUUAUCCAAUCGGCCCGUUGAUCAAACCAGAUGAAUUCAUCACGGAUAAAGAUGCCAGAAUUUUUACAUGGCUCGAUAACCAACCCCCGGAUUCUGUUUUGUUCGUGGCCUUUGGUAGCGGUGGAACGCUAACAAGUGAACAACUGACUGAGCUAGCGUGGGGCCUGGAGAUGAGUGAGCAAAGGUUCAUUCUUGUGGCGCGUAAUCCUUCAGAUGCUAGCGCUUCUGCAGCAUUUUUCAACGUGGGAGGUGACCAAAACGACCCUUCAACCUACUUGCCUGAAGGAUUUGCGGAGAGGACACAGGGCGUGGGGCUUAUUGUGCACUCUUGGGUUCCGCAAGCUGCGAUUCUUGGACAUUCAUCUAGUGGAGCAUUUUUGUCGCACUGCGGUUGGAACUCGUCUUUGGAGAGUUUGUCUCAUGGGGUGCCUAUUCUUGCUUGGCCCCUUUACGCAGAGCAGAGAAUGAAUGCAACCCUUCUUGAGGAAGGGGUGGGCGUUGCCGUGAAGCCGGUGGUGCAGCCGGGGAAGAAGGUGGUUGGAAGAGAGGAGAUUGAGAGAGUGGUGAGGUUGAUAAUGGAAGGUGAAGAAGGUAAGGUGAUGAGGCGUAGAGCCGAACAGCUGAAAGAAAGUGCAGACACGGCAUUGAGUUGUGGGGGUUCAUCCUAUAAUUCAGUCUGCCAAGUUGUCGAUAUCUGGAAGUCCUUGGUUUAGUAGGUUUUAUUGUUCUUUGCAGGUUUCGGGCAGCAAACAGAUUAGUGAUAAGUACUACUUGAACCUUUUUAAUGACAAAUAAUUACUUCUAUGUAGUCUAAGUUUUACUUCUAUGGUAAUAGUAGUCUAAGUUUUACUUCUAUGUCUAGUACUUUGGGUGUUUUGUGUUUUAAUUUGAUUGCUUUUCUAUGUAUCAUAUUAGAACAAAGCUUUGCUUUAGACGUUUCUCAGUUAAGAUUUCGAAUUGGUUUCAUCCUAAGUAUCGUAGCAUUUAUGUA